AUGUCGUCUCGAGGCCUCAGCUUUAGUAUUGAGAAUAUUCUUGGUCUUGAAAAAUCUUAUGACCUCAAUGACGGAACAGAGAAUGAUCAUCAAGGAUUCAAGACUGCUUCCAGGAAUGGGAUACUAUCGAGAGUGCCCCUCCCAUACCCCGAUCGAUCUAACAUUGUGGAUACAACUUGUUCGUCUCACCCAGGGUCGUCAGGACUUCCACCGUCGUCCUCCUCGAUCCCGCCACCGUCUUCGGCUCUCGAUGUCACAUGCAGGCGAAAACCUCGUCGAAUGCGUGUUCGUACCAACUUCAGCGCCUGGCAACUGGAAGAGCUGGAACGGGCCUUUUCAACCACCCAUUAUCCAGACAUCUUCAUGCGGGAAGCUCUGGCGAUGAGACUCGACCUCAUGGAGGCCAGAGUUCAGGUAUGGUUCCAGAAUCGGAGGGCUAAAUGGCGGAAACAUGAAAGAAGUUGUGGGAAACAGUUACCAAACCCAUCAAAGAAAACGGAUACUUUAUCUUCGGGGAUUACGAAAGGGUUGUCGAAGACGGAAACCAAGGAAACUACGAAAAAGUCCCCGUAUCCUUUUAUAAGUUUAGCUAAGGGAAACGAGGCCUCGGAUCAUGACAUGAGAGGGCACCAAUCAAUAGCUUGUCGAUAUGAACAGCGUGAUCGUCAUCCGUUUCGUUCCGACAUCGUCAAAGAUACGAAUAAAAAACUAGCCCUACCAUUUUCACCGACAUCUACAUCAAACUCCCCUAGGGUUUCACCUUUUCAACCAUCUCGGCGUCUGUAUCUACCUUUAUUUUGUCAUGGAAUGCCUAAUCCCAGUCUGCAUCAGCAUCAUCAUCGAAGCUUGCUUCCAGACUCGUCGACAACAUCAAAGUGUCUGGUAUCACCGAUUGCAGUAGCGCCAUCUCCGUUGAUAGUUGAGCAGUCUUUUAGAUAUUUCGAUUCGUCCGCGGCCUCGGUUUUCUCUCGGUCGACAUUCCAGAAUGGUUCAUCCCAUAACAUGUCUCGAGGAUCAGAAGCAGACAAUGAUCAAUUUUCCAAUGAUCCACGCAUGGGUGUGACGUCAGACGUGAGACAAGCCAACAGCAUCACGGCUUUAAGGGAAAGAGCUAAAUUCUUGAAACAAUCUGAAAUUAUUGAAACAAGAGAAAAGAAAACAGAAACAUUGAAUUGA